AUGGUGACCACGACGAUUCACGGGCUUUCCGCCGGUAGUGCCAUUGUGAGUUUUUUUUUUUUUCGAGAUGUUCGGAAUUUCUUGGAAUUUUAUGGAAUAAAGAAUUUGAACACGGCUUUUUUUGAAUAUUUCUGGGAAGUUUGGAGAAAAAAAUUAUAGCUUUUCCUUUUUUUGUUCGAAGAUUUUUUUCAAAAAAAUACCUUUAAAAAAAUUUUUUUGGAGGAAAUCGGUCUUUAAUCUUAAAUUAUCGAAAAUUGAGUUGUUUUUUUAGAUUUCGUAAGAAAACGGACGAUUUUUUUCAAAUGCUUUAUCGAAGGUACCAAAAAAAUUUUUGGAGCGUUUUUUUAUUUAUUUUAAAAAAAUUUAUUUAGACAAAUUUCCCUGUUUCUCAUUUUUGAAUUUUUUUGUCUCUUCAAAAAAAGGAAUCAAAAUCCCGCUUAAGAAACCUGUUUAAGAAACCUGUUUAUUGUUUUACAAACGAUACACCGAAUUCAUGAGACUUUUUCAAAAUCAAAAUAAAAUUUCUUUCAGGCAACGGAAUUGUUACGGGUUCGCGUUGUCAAAGGUUGGUUUUUUUGAAUUUUUUUUUCUGAAAUCCAAAUAAAUAUAUAUUGGAAAAAAAUUAUUGGGAGGACCUUAAAUUCGAAGGCUUUCAUAUUCAAAUUGGUUUUUAUAAGGAAGGAGAAAAAAAUGAACGAUGAAAAAAAUGUCUGGGAAAGAUAAUUUUUGAAAUAAAAAUUCCUGAUUUUUUUACGCUCCAUUGAAAAAAACUCUACCUUUCUUUCAAAAAUUUUUUCACAUUUCAACGAAAGAAUAAAAUUAGGAUUUUUUGAUGGUAAUUUAAUGAUAAUUCAUUGAUAAAUCAGUGUUUGCCUUAACAAGAAUUGUUCUGUUGAUUUUGAGAAAAAUUGACAAUUUCGUUUAGUUAUGAAUCGCUUUGAAACGCGGCCGACUUGAAACGAGUUGCGCCAAUUAGCGUUUCUUAGCCGAGUGAUACACUCAAAUCCAACCGCAACGCUUUGAGUCAUUCCAAAUGCGACCAUGGCGUUUGAACUUCAAAUAAGCGAAGUAUCGAACUGUGGAAAUAUUUAUUACAUCCCGUUCUGCCCUUUCACUAUAGGGACGGCUUUAAUCUUUUUCGAAUGAGUCAAAAUUUUACUCCAACAAAGAAAUUGAAAUGGAAUUUUUGCAGCCGCAAAGCUUGGCAAACGCGAUUUAUUCGGGGUCGUCUCGCCGUAUUGUAUCGUUCGGCUGGAAAGUGCCGACGGGACAGUUAUCGAUGAAGUGACGGUGGAACGCAAAAAGAAGGUUUCGAAAUAUCAUUACUGAGGAAUUCGCGAGGAAUCCCUAUAGGGUUUUGUUGCUUCAGGGACCCCUACUAUAGGGGCCAUUUGUCGAUUAAUUUUUCUCUCGACCGUUCUUGCUGGAAAAUGUAAAACCACAGGCAAAUUUCAAUUAGAUCUCGAGGCGAAGAGCUGUUUUUAGUAUGACUUUAGAUCUUGCAAAACUUUAGAAAAUACUAUUUUACUAAUGAACGCCAGAGUGGUCGCUAGAGUGAUGGACUUGGGGACUAUUGUAGGUUCCCUCAAGCGAACAUCUUACUUCCUCUUAUAGGGGCACUAAGACUUGCCAAAGCGGCAACUCGAGGGUGUUUAGUUAGUGGCCUCUAUAGGGGCGCAUGCUAAUGGCCUCUAUACGUCUUUUUAACUUUCAAAGAUCUGAACUAAAAAUCGAAAGCCCACUAUAGGGACCGCUUUUCUAGCUUCGGGGCCAGACCCUAUAGGAACCACCUAAACUUCAGCCCUCUAGGGAGAGCUAUUUUGUCCACAAUGGGGACUUUUCCCUGACCCUCUAGUGACCACUCUUUUUUAUUUAUAACAUGACGGUUCUAAGUUUCCAGACAAGAAACCCGACGUGGAACACGCUUUUCACGUUUCGCGUCACCCGGGAAUGUUCGAUCAAAGUGCUGGUUUUCGAUGAGAAUCGAAUUGUGAGUCGGAAAUUUUUGAGAAAAAUCAGUUUUUUAUUGCUUUUCUGAAGUCGAGACGUGAAAUUGGUAGUAAAUUAAGCGUCGCGACGCCGAGUUGGGACACGUGAAGAUCGAAUUAGGAAAUGGAUCGGUGCCAAGUCAGGCUGAAGCUCCCGUCGAAUACUCACUUCUCGGCGGAAGACAAAGGUUUUUUAUUGAUUCUAUUGAUUUUCCCUGUCCUUAGCAUUUUUGACUCGUUUUUCUAAUUUCAUAGCGUUAAACAUUUCAAAAUUGAUAUUCUUUGAAAAUUUUUCGAUCACUAGCGUGGAAAAAAGGUUUGAAGAUGAUUCAUUUUCCUUCGAUUCAAAUUUUGAAUUGAACUUUUCUCUCAAAAAUUAAUAAUAGAAAAACACUAUCAACAAUAUAAUUGAAACAUUUAGCAAAAAAAAAAUUUCCUGAAAAAAAAAUAUUUUCAGAUAUUCUAAGAGAACGAAGCUAUUUAGUUUUCAAUUUGUAGAAGUGUCUCAAAUUUACAUGACUUCUCAUUCUACCGUAAAAUGAGUUCGAAAAAGGAAGAAAAGGAUAGUUUCGCGAAUUUCAUUUGGUUUUUAUGUUUUGAUAAGGGUUAUCAGUUUCUCUUAUGACUCCUCAGAGUUUACGCUCAAUAUGGCAAAAGUUUUAGCGCUUUUUUUUUUCGAAAUAAGUCAAUUUUCAGCGUUUCAGUGUUUUCUUUUUAAUUUUGAAGACAAUUCCGUUAUUCUCGUGCAAAGUCGGAAUGGUGGAUAAUGGCUGCAAAAAGGGAGAGGCUCAAAAAAGGCCGCAGACAGGCAGCAAAAAGGCAGCGAAAGGCAGCAAAGAGACUCCCUUUAUCGAGCCUUCCAUUUUUCUGGGAUUUUAAAGGCUCGAGAAAUGGUGGAGAAAAGGAGAGGCAGCAAAAAUGGUGCACAAGGGCUGAGAAAAUGGUGCAAAAAGGCAGCAAAAAGAGAGCCUUCAUCACCCUAAAAGGAACAUUUCUAUGGUCUUUUAUGGACCCUCGAAGGGUCCUUCCGACUUUGCCUAUGUUUUUUGAUGAUUUAUGAAAAUUAUGCAUUAAUUUUUAAGAAAAAAAAAAUCAUGUCUUUCUUUUUUUUUACUGCAAAAUUAUCCACAAUUUUUAAAAAAGUCUCUAAAAUCUCACAUUUUUAACAUUUUUAAAAUUUUCAAAAUAUAUAUUUACUCUUUUUGAAAAAAAAAAAGUUUUCGUCCCAACCAUUUCAUGUACAACUAUUUUUCUUUCAAUAGCAGUUUUCAAACAAGAGAUUUCUCCAUUUUUCAACAAAUCUGUUUUUCAAUGGAGCAUAUAUGAAACUUAUCAAGGCUUAGUGGAGAAAAGCCAAUUUUACGAGACUUUUUCGAUCUUUGAAAAAUCUUAUCUUCGAAGUAAUUGUGUGACUUUUACGGUCAAUUUUAGAAUCAUUUUCCGACUUGAAAGGCGAGGGAGGCGGGGCAAGGGGCGGGACGCGUACGCGGUUCUUGGCUCGAGUUCAACCGCCAGCGACUAUUGGGAGAGCUCUUUUAUCGCUCUUUUCAUUUCUUUUUGAUAAUUAUAUAUUGAUUUUUUUUCAUGUUUGAAUUAAAAAAAUUGUAGAAUAUGAAAAGAGCGGGGUUCGAGAUUUUCAAAUAGUCGGUGUCGUUUGAAUUGAACUCGUGCCAAGGACCGCGUACGCACACGCUACGCGUCCCGCGCACUUUUCCGCCUUCUUUGCCUUUCAAGUCGGGAUGGAUUGACUAUUCCUGCAGAACUCAAAAUUUGGACGAAAAUUUUUAAUUCCCGCGCAAAAGUCACAUAUCGAGAUAUAUCGUUGUGGGACUCAAUUUUUGUAACGACUCUAGAAAUUCUAGGAGUUCUAAUUCCGCCUAUUUUGCGAGAUCGUUCUGAAUGAAUACCUCAUCUAUUUCGGGAUCUCUAAAAUUGCUUUGAACACGGUUUUUUACAAUCGAUCAUUUAACCUCUUUUUUGAGUCAAUCAUAUCAUUUACUGUCUUUUUUGAAACAGGAAUACCGGUUCUCUCUUCCUGGCCCUUCAAUUCCUACCGGCCCCCAGUAACAACGACGUUUUGGUGGAUUCGGCUGGAAAUUCGAUCUCGAAUUCGGCGGCUGAUCUUCAAAUGAAUCGUCUGGAUAUUCCUGAAGGUUAGAAUCGCUUGAAUUUCGAAUUCUAAAUCAUUUAAAAAUUUUUAUGGUCAAAAUGAGAAAAAAAUUCGAAAUGAUUUUUUUUGCGCAAAUAUUUUUUUGGGUCGCUUUCCUAUUUUAACAAUGAAAUAGCUUAUUUAAAGCUUCAAGAUGAUUAGUUAUAGGUUGGGAAGCGAGGGAAGACGCAAAUGGAAGAACAUAUUAUGUGAACCAUACGUUGAGGACGACUCAGUGGGAAUGUCCGACUACAACUCAGUUGUAAGUUCAUAAUCCUUUUUUGAGCUAGAGUAGCUAGAUGAAAAAUCUCAAAAUAUAAACAAAAAACGAUAAAAUUGAUUAAAAAAUGUGAUCAGAAUGAGAUGUUGUUUUUUUUCUUUUUUAUUCUCUCUUGUUGAAAUUUUCUGUGACAAGGAUCUUGAGGAAGAUAAUUUUACUUUGCGGUUCCGGAUUUCCCUGAAAAAUGUUCAGUACAUCCGUGAUGUCCCAGAAGUAGUUUCUGAAAGUCUCAAUUUGCAAAAAUUCAUAGUUUUCGAAAAAAAAAAAAAGCCUCCAAAUUUAAAGAAACCCUUAAAAUCCGGACUUUCAGCUUUAAUUUCUCGGAAACUAGGAAGUUGUGCAGGUUGAAACGUUCAGAAUCUACUUUUGGUGCAACAAGGAACGUUCUAGUUGAUUAACAUGAUAUUUCCAAGUGCGAAGUGGAACGACCUCCCUUGUGAGGAAAGGACUAAUAUUCGAUUUGAGAGGAAACGAAGAGACGGAGCUGGAAAGACGCCGGCAAAGAGAUAAUUAUGAGCACAGAAGCCAAGUGACGGACAAUAGCCCCGACACUGUUGUCCGCAGUCAUUUACAUGCGGUUUGUUUCAAUCAUUUCAAUCAAUCAUUUAGUAAAAUCGCCGACAUUGUUCGAAUCUCGCCUUAAAAAAGAAAUUCCAAAUUUUUUGAAGGAUCAUCAACAAUUUGCACAAAAACUCGAGGCGAUGAUCAUUUUGAGAAUUGUUUCAAGUUUUGGAAAAAAAUUUUUCGAAUUAUAAGGGAAAUUAGAUUUAGUAGUAAGUUUUUCUUGACAAACUAUUUAAAGGUUUAAAAUUGAAAAAAAGUCCUUAUUUUUAAAAAAAGUUUGUUAUUUCACCAUAAGUUCAAAUGUCUUCCUUUUGAAGACAAUUUCAAACGCCGAUUCCUGUUUUUAUCGCGGAAUUGAUAUUCAAUUCGGAAAACGAAUCCCUGUGAAAUUCAUUUUCUAGAAGAAAGUUCAUUUCAAAUUGAUUUUUGGGAUAGGGAGAGUCCUCAUUUUUUUUUCUCAGAAUGUUAUUUGAAAAUCAUUUUAUUUUUCUUUCGGCUCCAAAAGAAAAGUUGAUGUUUUGAAGUUUUCAUGCAGUGUUCAAAGAAAUUUCCUCUAAAUGCAAAGUUAUUUUGGCUCUCCGAAAUUUAAUUAUCGUUUUUUUUCUCUGAUGGAUAUUUUGAAUUCCGCGAAAUCAUUUCGAACACGGCAUAAUGGGCAACUUUCUUUGGCUGCCUGAAUAUAGUCUGUUCAGAUUUCAAAUGUCGAGUCCUAGUUGAAGCUCCGCCCCCUAAUGGCGCGAUAAACCAAUCAGAGAGCGAGCCAUCCACAGAGCGUUUUCGAAUGACGUCAUUCUACUUGACAUUCAAAAUCUGAACAGACUAUAUACUAUAUAUUGCGACUUGAACUUUUUAAUUUUCGGUGAAAGAAUUUUGAAAACUUUGGAAGAAAGUGCAUUGAAAGUACUAUUUUGAGCUUAUUAAGUCAACUUUUUUUUUCUCAGAAACCAUUAAAAAUUGCAAAUAAAAUAGUCUUCAUGAGUUAUUUGCUGCGUGGAUUUCAAAGAAGGUGGAAAAAUUCAGGCUUGAUUUUUUAUCCGUAUUUCAGUUCAAACUUCAAUAAUUUAUUUGAAGCUUCGAAAAACCGCGAAAAAUUGGAAAUACGCGAAUAUAUACAUUUUAAUGAAAGAAUUGCUCAAUAAAUAUUGAAGAAGGUGAAAAAAUUUGAGCUUAACCUUUUUUUUUCGCCUUUGAAGGGGUUCUUUUUAUGAUUAUUCAUUUUUCAGUUUUCACAAAAAGUUGGAAAAUUGUCGAAACGAUUUCGUUUUUAUUGACUUUUAAUGUGUUCCUCAUCUUCUUUUUUUGCUUCGUACGGAACGAAAUCGACCUCCGCCUGAUUGUUCAAAUAUUUGUCAAUAAUUUCUGUUGACUGGGAGCGCUUACAGAGUUUUUCACUCUCUUUCUUUUUUCUGCCGAUUUUUUGGAGAAUUUGACGGCAAAUAAACGUUGAAAACUGGUGUUCCCAGCUUUUGUCCGUGUUUUUCUCCGUCAUUUCUAGCGGUUGUAGUUUUAUUCGCUUCUGAAACAUAUUGACGUUUCAGCUUUUUUCGAACUUCGGUAGAGUUUUUGAAUAGACGUUCAGAUGUUUUUGUUUUAAUAAAAAAUGUGAAUGGGCUAUACAAUUGUUUUUACAUGUUUUUUGAAGAUUGACGACGGGAUGCGGGCCAACUUCGAAGGAGAUCACGCGGCUGAAGAAGAAGACGAAGAUGAUCGAUUGCCUGAAGGAUGGGACAUGCAGGUGAGAAUUACCUUUAAUUAAACUGACGAAUAUUGUUUUUGCUGGUUCUGUUUAUUGAUUUCCUAGUGUGAUUUUUUUAUUGCUGACACUUCCGAGUAUGUUCGAUUUCUUUGAAUUUUCGAUAGCUUCAGCUCAAAUUUUGAAAAGCAUCCUUUUUCAAGAGUCGUACUUUGGAAAAUUAGAGAGGGUUAGAAAAUUAGAGGGAUUUUUUUUCUCACCACGCUUUUGUUCACCAACGUUAUGGGGCAUCCUCGAAGUGGAACAAUGAGGAGACUAAAUCUACCAGUUGUUCACGUACAGGGGACUUUCCUCCUACUGGCAUGCCUAAAGGCAGAACAAUUACUGAACUCAGUAAUACGCGGGAGCUAAGCAAAAAAUACACCAAAAAUAUCGGAAACUUAGUUACCAACCUAAGGUUUUGGUCUCUUGCAGAACAAGAAAAGAUGGCCCUAAAGGGGAACCUUUAUCGGCUUCUUAGUUUGCCCCUGUAGGAACCACAGUGCCGAUCCUAAGUAGAGUAUUCCGAUGAAUUGGUAGCUGGUUCUGGGUUUCGUGAACCGUUCAACCUUCAUGGGGUUUUUUAGAUUAGAGCUCUGAAAAUUUUGAAAUUUCCAUGCUCCUUCCAAUCGAAAGAGAGGAUGCAGACAUUUUUGUUGACUUUAUCAGGUCGCUCCAAACGGAAGGAUAUUUUUCAUCGACCAUCACACCAAAACGACGACCUGGACGGAUCCGAGAACUGGAAUCGCGGCCAGGAUUCGCGGCAAAACCGACGAUGAGAUCGGCGCCUUGCCUCCCGGAUGGGAACAGAGGGUAAUUUUUGAGAUUACUUUGAGAAAGUUCAUUGGAAAGGCCAUGAACUCGAUACAGGGAAGUUAGGUAGAGCCGAUUAGGGACGUUGUUUUUUCUUGACUUUGACUGGAUUCCUCGCAUUUUUUGAAAAUAAAAUGAGUUUUUUUAAAAAAAAGUUUUCUUUCACUUUUCGUCUUUGAAAGAAUAUUUGAUUACUUGAAUUAAAAAUUAAUUUUUCUUUCAAUUAAAUUUAUCUUCUUUUCUUUAGGUCCACAACGACGGCCGGGUAUUUUUCAUUGAUCACAACCGGAGAAGAACCCAAUGGGAAGAUCCUCGAUUCGAGAAUGAAAGUAUUGCCGGCCCGGCGAUACCUUAUUCCAGAGAUUUCAAAAGAAAGGUCGUUUUUCAAACUUUUUUUUUAAAAAACAAAUAAUUUCCAGGUCGAAUAUUUCCGUUCCAAGCUUCCCAAGGCGAGUUCCAAUGGGAAAUGCGAUUUGGUCGUCCAUCGAGAGUCUCUUUUCGAGGAUUCUUACCGACAAAUUAUGGACAAGGUGAUUUGAUUAGCCGCACUGGGAAUGGAUCGAAGUGUUGCGGUUAACUUGAAAUAAAAAAAAAAUUUUUCGGGCAUGGAAGAAGGUUUUUUCGGUUCGGAGGGUAUUGAAAACGGUUAUUUUUGAGUUUUAAAAAGUUUUUGGAGAGUUUUUCAGGUUUCAGUAUUUUUUUUUUUCGCAGUUAGAAAACUGAAAAAACAACCUGAAGAUUCUAGAGAUCAAGCUCAAUUUUGAACGCGAUCGUGACGCUUUGAGACAUUCCAAAUGCGAUCAUAGAUUCUCGGAAUCAUUUUAUCUCUUUUAGAACCCCCAAGAACUGCGAAACAAACUUUGGAUCGAAUUUUUCGGCGAAACGGGUCUGGACUACGGUGGCGUCACUCGGGAAUGGUUUUUCCUUCUCUCGCAUCAGAUUUUCAACCCCUAUUAUGGGCUUUUCGAGUAUUCCGCCACGUUAGUAUUUAUUUUUAAUCUUUUGAACCGGAAGAAAAUUUUGAUUUGAAUAUGAGUUUGCAAAGAUUCAAAGGGAUUCCGCAAAAUUCAAAAUAGACGACAUAGAACGAAAAAUAUAACCAAAUUAUGGAGAGUCGUUGGUACGAUUUUAUCUAAAGUCCGCAAAUCUUCGGAGCCGUUAUCUCAGAGUACAGUAAUCUCAUAAUCUCCGAAUUCUUUUAUCUCCGAAAACAAAAAACCUCAAUUUUUUCUCUUUUUUGCAUUUUUCUGAUUUUUUUUCGUGUCUUGCUCAGAAAACAAUUUCCGAUCGAAAAUGUCUACUAAAGCCAAAAUUUUUCGUGUUUCAAAUUUUUUAAUUCACAAAAUAAAAAUCGAGAUUUAAUUAUUUUUGAAAGUUUCUAAUACGAGUUUAACAGCUUUUUAUGACUUUUUUUCCCACUAGAUUUUUGCUCAAAACUAUUUUUUUGGUAUUUUCUUGGAGUCGUAAGAAUAAAAAAAAAGAUAUUUAGGGACAACUACACCCUACAAAUCAACCCACACUCGGAAGCUUGCAACCCCGAACAUUUGUCCUAUUUUUACUUUAUAGGAAAAGUAAUCGGAAUGGCGGUUUAUCAUGGAAAGUUGCUCGACGGUGAGGACCCCAAAAGUGGAAAUCGAACAUUUUCCAAGGAUUUCAGCUUUUUUCAUCCGACCUUUCUACAAAAUGGUUCUCGGCAAGAAAAUCACGCUCUUCGACAUGGAAUCUGUCGACAAUGCUUAUUAUAAUUCCCUGAUUUUUGUCAAAGAUAAUGACCCGGAAAGCUUGGAAUUGACUUUUUCCGUUGAUGAAAACGUUUUUGGAGAGGUGUGGUUUGCGGAAAUUCAUUGACAGUUGUUCAUAACUAACCUAGAACGACUGUUCAAGGGUUGACCCUCCCAGGGGUCACUUAAGGUUUCAUUCUAGGGACUAUUUGAGCCGGAACAGAGCAAAGAUCUUCACUCUAGUGAAUACUUGCGCCUCUCUAGUGAUCACUUAGGGGUAUUGACGGGAAAGUGAAAAUUUUUACUUUAGUGACUACUUUGCCCUCUCUAAUAAUCUUGAAAGAAGGAUAAAAAUUCCAAACUUUGAAGCGAUAUUCAAUGAAUAUAUUAAUUCAGACUCAAUCUGUUGAUCUGAAACCGGGCGGGUCGGAAAUCGCGGUCACCGAAGAGAACAAGGAAGAUUACAUCAGCGCCGUCGUGAAUUGGCGGUUCGUCAAGCGUGUCGAGCCGCAAAUGGAGCAGAUUCUGAGGGGAUUGCACGAGGUUCGUCGAAAUGUCUUCUCUAGAAAUGAACUCGUAGAUCUUACAAAAAAGGAGCUGGAUAAAGCCGACAAAAGUAGUUUCGAAUUUAUCCGAAAAGUUGAAAAGAAAAGCGCGCCCGACCUUGAGCUACUUGCGCGCUUGAGCGUCAUCUUUAAAAUGUUUCUUUUUAAGAGUGAAUAAUGAAUUCAUCUUGAGCAUUCAUUUGUAAAGAUCCAGGCUAAUUUCAUGGUUUUUCUGUGAAUGAAGAUGCAAUGCUCACGAUCGUAUUUGGAAUGGCUCGACGCAAAGUUGCGUCGUAAGGGGAAGGUGGCUUGAGCGCGCCCGACCCGAAACUCCUUGCGCACUUUUUGAACAAUUUUCUAGUCGAGACAAUUGAAGUUUUGAAAGAGCCUUCUUCCUUUUUAUUAUUCAGAAAACAAAUUGUUGCUGUGAAAACAUUUAUUUUUUUUUUCUUGGUGGAUUACAAAUCCAAAGCUUUCCAGGUCGUCCCAUCCAAUCUUCUCACGAUUUUCGACGCCAAUGAGCUCGAAUUGCUAAUGUGCGGACUGCAAAAGAUUGACGUCAAAGAUUGGAAGGCGAAUACUGUCUACAAGGGCGGAUAUGGACCCAGUAGCCAGGUAAAAUAAUGCAUUAUUGAAGGUAUACGGGAGGUCGAAGUUUGAAUCAAAAUGUUUCACUUUUCAUACAAAAACAUUGAAUCGACGUUUAGAUUCAUUUAGAACACGCGAUAAAACUGUUCACUGUAAGCCCGAAUAUCUACUUGAAAUUCAACAAAACUUGCUAUUUUGAGAAAAACGGGUUCGAUGAGGAAAAUUCAAAGAUUCCUCUUGCCGGUGUAUGCAGACUGCGCGGUUUUAAAUAAAACUCGCAUUCAUUAUUUUCAUGAACACCAAUACAAAGCGUUUAAUGAAAGUUUUUCUCGAAAAAUAAUUUUUUUGUUGAGAUUUCAAUCUCUUAUUUAGGACUUCCACGGCGAGCUUUGUCUGAAAAUAUUUCCAAAUUUAUCCGCUUUACACUCAAAAUAACGCUGCGUAAACGUUCCCUUUAGAAUUUUUUUUUGAACACUCUUCUCAUCUCUUUUUCCUAGGUAAUCCACAACUUCUGGAAGUGCAUCCUGUCGUUUGACAACGAGAUGCGCGCCAGAGUCCUGCAAUUCGUGUCGGGGACCUCUAGAGUGCCGAUGAACGGCUUCAGAGAACUCUACGGAUCGAAUGGACCCCAGAAGUUCACGAUCGAACGCUGGGGAAGUCCCGACAUGCUUCCGAGAGCCCACACUUGGUAAUAUUCUUCUCCUUUUUGGUUUGGGCGACGGCCCGGCCCGGAACUCAUUUUUCGCGAAAAAGCUCGAGUUUCGAAUGUUUUUCAAGCUUAUACAGAGGAAGUACCUGUUUUCGAGAGAGAGAACCAUCAAAUUUCAGUUUCAACCGGCUCGAUUUACCUCCGUACCCGACGUUCCAGGAGCUCAAGGGCAAACUAAUAACCGCCAUCGAAAAUGCCGAGAUUUUCAGUGGAGUCGAUUAA